AUGUUUUAUCCGAGAAAUCUUCGGCUGGUGGAAAAAACUGCAGUGAACGGGGCCAAUUUGCCGAAUUCAAAGAUGGAAAAGAAGUUCAGUUUCAUCGGGGGCAGAAGCGAGCCUAAGAUCAGAUUUGGACUGGAAAUAGUUACCCUCAAUGAUACAAACGAAUACCUUGUUCCAUUGAUAGUGACUCUUGUGGUAGUAGCGUACCUUAUUCCUCAGAAGGCAAUUUCAAGAUUGCAAGAGUGUCUGGAAAUUGCUUUCUUAUUGGUAAUAGGCUGGUCCGUUUACCAGACAAUAAGGUGGCAAUGGGAUGUGUACCUGGAGAUGAGAGGAAACGACGGUGUCUUGAAGGUCAAGGCCGCUAGACAAAGAAAGUCUAGAGCAUUGUUCCUUGGCUGGGGAAUAAUUGCGACAGGGCUAGCUCUUCUUUGUUUCAUUUUGGUCAAACGUUACUUUAUGGAAUCUAGACCUCUGCCUGAUCUAUUGUACAAUUCAGAGCAGUUUCUCUUGACGACUUUUUCCAUACGACAAUGGGGAAAAGAAAUUCACAAAAAUGUUCAAGAUUAUAUCUCCCAAAUAUGCGAUGAGCCAAACCAGCCUUCGGAACCUGUCAAAUCUGAACCACCUUCCUAUCGAAGUUUCAAGGAGAUGCCGUUUUUCAUCACUGAUGUGUACAAAAAGUUGGAGAAUCUGGAAAAGAAGACAGAUAAAAAUGAACUCAAAAGUUUGCAUGAACUGACUGAACGAUUGAGCCAUCUUGAACAAGCUAUCAAAACAAUUGCUUAUCAAGAACCUUCAUUGAGCACGAACGACACUGGAUGUUCAAAAUCGGUACCAGAACAACAAAUAGAACACUCUAGCAGUUUCAGUCUAUGGUCAAUACCCAAAAUACCCAUUCACAUAUUCUCUUGGUGUUGGUCAUUCCCAAGAAGGUUAUUAAUGAUUGGCCUAACGCUAACUAUUAAGGUUCUUCAGAAAGCCUGGUAA